UUGUGGAUGCCAAACGGCGAUCACAAUAAAAAAAAAUGGAAAUUAGAAAAACAAAAUAGAAAAGGAAAAUAAGUGAGAUCACAUGCGGCGCACGUGAGCUUUAGAAAAAAUUGGAAACAAGAGCACACGCGUGCGAGCAAUAAGCACACGUGUCCGUCUCCAUCAGUCUCUCUGGUUCUUUCCAUUUCUCUCUCAGUCAAAACGGUCACAUUUUCCCGCCCGAACCAUAUCUUCUUCCAGAGUCGUUUCCAUUUUUCUCACGGAAAAUUUUCCCAACGGUCAUAUUUUUACGCUCCAAAUACUGAGAAAUUUUCCAUUUUACCAUUUUUACGUUCUCCUAUAUAUACGAAUUUCUCUGUCGUCAGUCACGCUCUAUCUCUCUGCUCCCGAGUUCUCUGAGUUCUUCAUCCCGCAUUUGGUUUUCUGGGUCAGUUUCGAUUUUCCAGGGAAAAAAGGGUGUCAAUUUCUCGUCGCCAUGGAUAUCAAUGAGCGAAUCAACGUAGAUCUUUUUACUGCAGUGCUUCAAAUUCCUCCACGACUUGGGCUGAGAACCAAAGUCUUUCUGACACUUGACUAUGAAGUAGAGGAACGGCUUCGAUUCCCAAACGGUGUCGAAACCAUAGUCCGGAACUGGAAUGCAUCCAGAGAUCGAUUCAAGUUGGAUCUCUUGUGCAAUCAUGACGAACAUAUCUACGAUUUCCUCUGCGAUCGUAUCCCGAAUCCUCCGGCAUGCGAAUACUUGGCCUGGAUGAUCUCUGAGGCGUCAACGCUGAUGGGUUUCGGCCUUCAAAGCUUCUCCAUUAACCUUCACGCCAAACUGACACAGGAGAGAAUCUUGAUCCUCGUACCGUCCGAUACUCUGACAAGAGCAGCGCCUGAAUAUCUGUUGCAGAGGCUGUGGGAAGAAGGAGCGGUGGAUGAGAAGAGAUUUAAGGAAAUGGGUUUGGAAUCGGAGACAUGCUCCAUCUGUCUCCAAGAUUUUCUGGGUUCUUCGAACAAGAACUUGAUCCACCUGCCCUGCUCCCACGUGUUUCACAGCGACUGUGUGUUCGAGUGGCUUCGGAAGCAAAACUCCUGCCCACUGUGCCGACGUGAGAUUUCCGAUGUCGGAGUCUGAGGUAUCUUC